AUGCCAUAUACUCCUCCGAUCCGUUCGCGUAUGGCAAGUGGCGUGGCCACCGCUGACGAUGAGGCUAGGGCUGCCUUUCGCUCCAUAAUCUCCAGAGAACCCACUCCGUCUUCUACGACGAAUACAGAAAAAGCAAAUGGCUCGGUAGAGCAUGAUACCAACACGAGUACAAGCUUCCUCAUAGAUGAAAAAGGUGACGAUUCCGUUGUGGAGGACAACAGCCUUCAGAGAAACGGACAGCCUAUUCUUACACCCUCGCCCAUAGCCCCCACGAGGCCAUCCACCUAUGCCAAAAACAGGCAGCUACCAAGACCACUUACCAUGAAUUCUGCUUUGGCUGGUGCUCCGAAAGUGAUAUUGGAAGCUGCGGACGGCCGUGUUUCACAGUCCGCAGGCUCAGCCACCGGGACCCAUUUCGCUGCGGCUUCGCCAGAUGAGCUGAUCAAGUUUCCCACCGAGUCCAAAGAGUCUUAUUCCUACACACUGUUGUCGCCGAAUUCGCUAGCGUUGCGGAUCAAUGUGCUAAAGAGGUCGCUGGAGAUAUUGGUUGAUAGACCGGAGCUGAUAUCUUCUAUGAGUGGUAAUGACAAGAUACUGGAUUCGCCCAUAAGUUCCAAGAAAACUCCAAAGUUGAUGAAUAAUGUGAUGAAGAUGGAGAGGCGAGGAUCAUCUAUGGCAUUGUCCAAUCUGUUAAAGCUACAAAUGACCGAGUCUUCUCCAGCUAAAGGACAGCCCAAGAAGGACUCUCUAGGAAAGAUAGCUAACAUCGAUAAGGAACUCAGCAAUAACCUCAAAGACAUCCUGGAGCUGCUGGACAAAAGCUUUGAUCCCACAGACAUUUCUGGCCAAUGGGAGGACUCAAAAUUGGUGCUUAACUUCCAGAAUUUGUCGGUGUCGAGUGUGAACAAUGUGAGCAAGGAGAAUGCGCUACGAGUGAAUCUUUUGCACGCCCUUUCCACUCCAUUUGUGGAAAACAUGCACAAUAUGGGAAGCGUUCCUUUGAAAAGAGGCAUAUCUUCUGCUGCUCUUUCCACUCUUAGCGCUCAGUCUUUCCAACAGGCAGAUACCCUGUCGAAUUCCAUGUACGGUCCAGGAAAUAGAGCAGUACAUGCCGUUUCCACAGGAAAGAACAUAGCACCUCAGGCUGUGUUCACGUGUGAGCUGGACUCUCCUUGGAGCAUGAAGGCUGCGAAUGACCUGGCUUUCCUGAUGUUUGGAAUCUCCAGGUCGUUGCUAAGGUCGUUGACGUUGAUGGAUCUCAUUGCACCCAGAUCUCGGGAUUUCGUUCUCGACAAACUAUUGAGAGCGGACAAAGAUAUAGUAUUUUCGGGUGAGAUUAUUGCCAUUUCGCGUUACGGUAAAGGCAUUGCUUGGACUUCGCUAUGGUCUAAGCGCAAGGGGGGCAUGAUGGUUCUGAUUUUCGAUCAGAUUCCAUGUGACGCCGUGGAUAUCCAGAUAGAGAGAGACUUACCGCUCAGAGAGGAAUACAAGGUGAGAUCUUUCACAGAAAGCUCAGGUUCUUUGCUUCAAGGAAUGAACCCGAUAGGGCUAGACUUAUCUGAAGUUUCACCAUCGUUAGUCCAAGAAUUGACUGGCUUGAGAGAAACUUCAGAAGUUGCUUCCCAAUAUGACUUCAGCACCAAAGAAUCCGAAAGGAUUAACAAAAUCAGAUAUUUCACCGUUAGAGUGGAGAACUCCUACGCCCCAUGUGCAAUAACUUCUGUGCCUUUAGAUUUGGACGAUGUCUCCACGAUAAGACUCAAUGUCCACUCACUUCCAUACAUGUCCGGUACUUUUGUGAUAUCGUCCUCGAACUUUACGAUUUUGUCUUUCAACGAGUCUAUUGCGAAGAAUUUGUUCGGAGAUGGUCACAUCGAAGGAGAAACCAUUGACCACAUCUUGCCCGGGUUCUCCAAGCUGCUGACUGCGACAAUCAAACAGGAAACUUCUGUGAGGUUCCCACCAGGACUUGUUAUUCCCGAGCACUAUUUCAGAAAGUUGAAUGCACAGUUUACUGGCAAAACCGAUGACGAAAGAGAGCUUUUGUUUUUGAACUCUCGUGGAAUUGACGGUAGGCAUAGAGAUGGCUUCAAGUUCAAGGUGGAUGUACAACUGCGAUUUGUUAAGCCUGAGAUUUUUAUUCUGUGGAUUACAUAUGCACGCACCCAGGGUGCUUUCUCUGGCAUAAAGUCGUCCAGAGCCAGCAGCAUUGCUCCUUUGAGUCGACAAGUCAGUAACGAGCAGUACCCUGUCACGAUAAGCUCCAGUCCUGUGGAAUCGAGUUUUCAACACCACAGUGAUGCUUUCAGCAUGCCCUCACAGCUGAUGCUAUUUCCAGAGCAUGAAAGCGAGAUCAACUCCUGUGGAGAGUCUUCGGAUGAACUGAGUCGGUCCAACAGUGUUAGAACUCAAAACAGUAUUAGUCGCAGUGGGAGUCUCAGCAGAAACAGCAGCAUGAGAAGCAUCUCAGGAUCUGUCACUGCACUUGGAGUCCCACAGAAACGGAAAUCAAGUGAAAAUGUCACCAAGAAUGGCAACGGAACCAGGAGAGUGCCCUCUCUUUCAAGUGCCAGCAGCAACAGUUCUCAGGGAGAAUCAUCGGUACCGAAGGGUCUGAGCAAGACUGCUCUGGAGACCGUAUCCAACUAUGACAUUGAGCGCAGCAGAAGCAAAGUUUCGGCUCUUACGUUCAGUGAGAGACCACAAUUCAAGUCCACCAAGUCUUUACUGACAAUAGAGAACGAUGAGAUCUCUAGAGUGCAAGCGACCUCGCAUCUGUGGCCCAAAGUGGUGGGUGCCAAACGGCGCGAGAAGAAGUAUUCUGAGUUCGAUGUGAUAAAGAACAUGGGCGAAGGAGCCUAUGGAAAGGUGACUCUUUGCCAGCACAAACUAGAUCCAAAGUACAAGGUCGUGAUCAAAUUGAUAUUCAAAGAGAGAAUCUUGGUUGAUACUUGGGUUAGAGACAGAAAACUAGGCACAAUACCUAGUGAGAUCCAGAUAAUGGCCUCUUUGAAGAACGAUCCCCACCCCAACAUAAUGAGAAUCAUCGAUUUCUUCGAAGAUGAUAUGUAUUACUACCUGGAAACACCCCAGCACGGAGAUCCUCCUGGGGUUGAUUUGUUUGAUCUGAUUGAGGUGAAAUCCGACAUGACGGAAUCGGAAUGCAGAUACAUCUUCGAACAGUGCUGCUCGGCACUAUCACAUCUUCACAAACAUGGUGUGGUCCACAGAGACAUAAAGGAUGAGAACAUUAUUGUUGAUUCUAAGUGCAUUGUGAAACUGAUUGAUUUUGGAUCAGCAGCUUAUGUUAAAAAUGGCCCAUUUGAUGUGUUUGUGGGCACUCUUGAUUACGCUGCACCAGAGGUUCUGAAUGGCAAGCCAUACGAGGGUAAACCUCAGGAUGUAUGGGCAAUGGGUAUUCUAUUGUACACUCUGAUUUUCAAAGAAAAUCCAUUUUACAACGUUGACGAAAUCAUGGAAGGAGGCUUGAGAUUUCCCGAGUUCUCGGAUGCCAGUGAGGAGUGCAUUUCAUUGAUCAAGAAGAUUCUGGUAAGGGACAUCAAGCUAAGGCCAACAAUGAGUGAGAUUUUGGAAGACCCAUGGUUAGACCUAAAAUGA